AUGCGUCCUUCAGGACUUAUGGCUGUCUUGAUGGUGGUGUGCGUGGCAAGCUCACCCGAGGACAAGGCGGCAACCAAACUUCAGCGCUGGUGGCGAGCAAGGGGCGCCUCGUCGUCUGGUUUGGUCACGUUCGGUGAAGGAGGCUCAUCAGGAGGCGCCAGCCAUCCCAUGACCACACCCUUUGCAGCUGGCACCGCGUCUGGCUUGGUCACGUUCGGUGAAGGAGGCGCAGCCUCCGGCUCUUCGAGCGGCUCCGGGGUGUUUGGAGGCGGAGGAUCCCUUGUCUCCACGGCUCCGUCCUUUGCACCCGGUGGCUACUUUCUCCCCCAAGGAAUCAUUGAGGAAACGUGUGGCAAUGGCCAUCCCAUGACCACACCCUUUGCAGCUGGCACCGCCUCUGGCUUGGUCACGUUCGGUGAAGGAGGCGCAGCCUCCGGCUCUUCGAGCGGCUCCGGGGUGUUUGGAGGCGGAGGAUCCCUUGUCUCCACGGCUCCGUCCUUUGCACCCGGUGGCUACUUUCUCCCCCAAGGAAGCAUUGAGGAAACGUGUGGCAAUGGCUCUUCGAGCGGCUCCGCUGUGUUUGGAGGAGGAGGCCAUCCCACGACAUCACCUUUUGCAGCUGGCACCGCGUCUGGCUUGGUCAUGCUCGGUGAAGGAGGCGCAGCCUCCGACUCUUCGAGCGGCUCCGGGGUGUUUGGAGGCGGAGGAUCCCUUGUCUCCACGGCUCCGUCCUUUGCACCCGGUGGCUACUUUCUCCCCCAAGGAAGCAUUGAGGAAACGUGUGGCAAUGGCUCUUCGAGCGGCUCCGCUGUGUUUGGAGGAGGAGGCCAUCCCACGACAUCACCCUUUUCUUCUUCUGCUGAUCCUGCUGCAUCAUCCUUUGCAGCUGGCUACAGCUGGAAUGUGUCCUUCAGACCUUGA